CCAGCCCAGCAGUGUCUGCUCAGUGGCUGCUGCUAUGGUGCGUGGAGCAUCGAGACGUUAGUGGUCAGAUUAACGUCCCGGUUUAGACUUAACGGUGAGAGAGUCGCGGAAGUAAACAGAAAAGGACUUAAGCAUUGGAGAAUAUGAACAAAGUGGACGCGCCAUGUCGACCCGCCGCCUCUCUGAAAUUCACUAUUGACAACAUCCUCAAUCUCAAGACAAGCGGGAGGAACUGUGACAGCUGUCACCCCGCCGGACUGCAGGAUGACUCGGCCACGGCGAUGCAUAAAGACGGUUUCCAGAGCCACCACGAGGAGCACGUAGCCCAGCAGACGCAGGAGCCGGGCAGCAACGUUAACCAAAGUGAGUUGAUCGCAGACUGCAACGGAGCAACGGAAUCGGUCAUCAUCAGCCGCGGAGACCCGAAGAAGGCGACAGAGGUGCGCCUCGAGAGCGGGGACAGCAGCUGCGACGACAGCAGCUCCACCACCACGGCCACGGCCCCCCACAAAGGAGGCAGCCCAGCCAAGAAGAACAAAAUGAUAACGAAAAAGAAAACGCGCACGAUUUUUUCCAAGAGACAGAUUUUCCAGUUGGAGUCUACCUUCGACAUGAAACGCUAUCUGAGCAGCGCGGAGCGCGCCUGCCUCGCCAGUUCCCUCCAGCUCACGGAGACCCAGGUAAAAAUAUGGUUUCAGAAUCGCAGGAAUAAAUUGAAACGGCAAAUCUCGACCGAACUCGACGGACCUGUUACCGAUUAUCCCGAAACUGGAAAGCCCGUGGUGGGGGGGCAGCUCCCGGCCUUGUACAAAGAGAGCAAUCUGCUGGGGAGAUGCCUGCUGCCCAUGCCUCUGCCCGUUGUAUACCCGGGGAGUAGCACGCCUUACCUCUGCUUCUCAAACGCCAGCAAGUACUUCAGCCUGUAUGACGGGGACGUAUGAUGGUUUCAUUAAUUCCCUACGUGAAAGAGACACUUUUUGGUGGUCUGUUGCCAAGUUUUAAGCAUUUAAGGCGUUCAGAUGGUGGGCCGGACCUGCGGCCUUACUGUUUAUGAAGACUGAAAGUACAACGACAGAGGAGUAGUUACAUAUCACUUAAAAAUAAGCUGAUUCGGUAUUAUUUAUUUUUCAGUCAAAGCUGUGGGUUUUGUAUAGGCCUGUCACUGAACCUGCUAGAUAUACACCGUUUUUAGGAAAUAGCAGGCUGAGCUAAUGAUGGCCUGAGGGAGGCCUAAAACAGUAUCAAUCCCAACAUUUUAUUGUUUACAUGACAUCAUCAUUAUUAUUAUUAUUAUUAUUAUUAUUAUCAUCAUCAUCGACAACAGCAUUUCCAGCAGCCUAAGCCACCAAAGAAAUUACUAUAGCCUAGCUAUUUGCAUGCAUUUCCUGUAUCAUAAUGAGUUUUCAAUUACUGAAAUUAUAUGUAUUUAAAUGAAUGUAAUUAACAUUUUAUUCUAUGUUUCAUGCAUGUCUAUUUUUUCUGAGUAUACUACUAUACUUACUUUAUUCCACAUUUGCCUAUAGGCUCAUUACACCAUUUACUGAAACUGUAAUUAAAACAUCUUCAUUCAAGAAAUAUUUUUA